AUGUGGAGUGUGAUCAGCCGAGGCUCCAGAACUCCGACAGCUUCACGGAUUUUCGCCCAGAGAGCGCCUGCACUUGCCUCGGUCCCAAGGCCGACACCAUCGCCUAUUCUGUUAGCUAGCAGGAUGGCUCCAGCUUCAAGGAAAAUGAGCUCCCUUCCCGAGGGCUACAAGGAGGACAGCACCAAAGGUGCCAUGUUGCGCUUCGAAGAAUCCCUUCCUCGCCUCCCCGUCCCGACACUCGAGGAAACCGCUGCAAAAUACCUAAAAUCCGUCCACGCGAUCGCUUCCCCAGAAGAGUAUAACAAAACUUCCCAGGCGGUAAAGGAAUUUAUUGCACCUGGUGGCAAGGGCGAGGCUCUGCAAAAGCAGCUCGUCGCAAAACAGGCAGAUCCCAAUGUAAAGAACUGGAUGUUGGAUUGGUGGAACUUCUAUGCCUAUCUUGGAUACAGAGAUCCUGUUGUGCCAUAUGUUUCGUACUUCUAUUCUUAUCGAGAUGAUAAGAAGAGAAGGGACCCAGCUAAGAGAGCUGCUGCCGUCGUAACUGCUGCCCUGGAAUUCAAGAAGAUGACCGAUAGCGGCAGCUUGGAGCCAGAAUAUAUGCGCAAGGCCCCAAUCAGCAUGGACAGCUACCAAUACAUGUGGAACUGCUCCAGAAUACCUGCCAAGCCAGCAGACUAUCCCCAGAAGUACAAUCACGAGGAGCACAAAUACUUCAUUGCCGUCCGAAAGAACCAGUUCUUCAAGAUCGAGCAUGAGGUCAACGGUCAACAGUUGAGCACUGCUGAGCUAGAGCAACAAUUCAAGAGAGUUUACGAACUUGCUAGCGCCCAGAAGGUGCCAGCCGUUGGUGCAUUGACAUCCGAGAACAGAGACAUCUGGACGGAUGUCCGUCCAAAGCUCAUUGCUGCUGGUCCAGGAAACAAGGAGGCUUUGGAGGCUCUUGAGGCUUCGGGAUUCGUUAUCUGCCUCGAUGACACCGCCCCAGUUACCCUUGAGGAGCGCGCUCGACAAUACUGGCACGGUGAUGGCCAGAACAGAUGGUAUGACAAGCCACUUCAGUUCAUCAUCAACGACAACGGUACUGCUGGAUUCAUGGGAGAGCACUCAAUGAUGGACGGUACACCAACCCACCGACUGAACGAUUAUAUCAACGAUCAGAUCUUCAACAACAAGCUGGACUUCGGAGGCUCUGUCCGAUCACACCUCCCAGAACCCAAGGCUGUCAAGUUCACCCUGAACAAGGAAGUUGAGCAGGCUAUUGAUGCUGCCGAGGCCCACUUUGCCGAUCUCAUUGGCCUCCACGAACUCCGUGUUCAACAAUACCAAGGCUACGGAAAGGGCUUGAUCAAGAAGUUCAAGUGCUCCCCAGACGCCUACGUCCAAAUGAUCAUCCAGCUUGCCUACAAGAAGAUGUACGGAAAGAACAGACCAACCUACGAGUCCGCUGCCACCAGAAAAUUCCAACAGGGUAGGACCGAAACAUGCCGAAGUGUUUCCGACGAGUCGGUUGCCUUCUGCAAUGCCAUCACAGACCCUGAAGUCGAUGACAAGACUGCCCGUGAAUUGUUCAGAAAAGCCAUCAACGCUCACGUUAAGUACAUCGCUGAGGCUUCUGAAGGAAAGGGUGUAGACAGGCAUCUAUGGGGAUUGAAGCAAUUGUUGAAGCCAGGCGAGGAAGUUCCAGCUAUCUACCAGGACCCCACCUAUAGCUACAGCUCCAGCUGGUACUUGUCAACAUCGCAGCUAUCUAGCGAGUACUUCAACGGAUACGGAUGGUCUCAAGUUAUUGAUGGUGGCUGGGGUAUCGCUUAUAUGAUCAAUGAGAACAGCAUCCAAUUCAAUGUUGUCUCCAAGAAGCUCGGAGCCGAAAGAAUGUCGUUCUACCUCCGCGACGCUGCCGAUGACCUUCGCACGUUGAUGGAGGCGGAAUUAAAUGCCCCAACAGCUAAGUUGUAG